UUUCUUUCGCAUAAUUAAGAGGAAACUUGUAUUGCAGGGCUCUCUCUCUCUCUAUCUCUCUCUCUCGCUUUAUUCCCCAAUCUCCUUCGUGUUCGAUGCAGAGAUGAAGAACAGCCGUCGUUAGUCUCGAAUUCUGUGAUCUGUGUUUUUGAUCUGGUGGAAUCGGGGGGCAGAGAGAGAGAGAGAGAGAGGUGAUAUGGUGGAAUGAGGUGGAGAUGGCGAGGGGAGUGAAAUGGGGAUGCUCGUACAAGAGAACCACUCUUAUAGUUUGCUCCAUCAACAUUGUUGUUGCUCUUUACGUUCUUCGCUCUCUCUAUGGUUCACUCUACAUUUACUCCAAUAAUGAUUUAAAAAACGUUGUAAAUUACACACCGGAUCAGAUUAAUAGGAUGGAGGAAUCAAUUCAGAUACGAAGAGCUAAUGAACCUCUAGAGCUUGUUAAAUUGGUGAAGCAACUCAAUGAGGAGCUUAAGACAGAUGAAAAGGCCGUUGAGUUGCCAAUGGAGGUCAGAAGGAAGAUAACUGAUGAGAUUUUGCAGCGGUUGAGAAGUUUGAACGCGAAUGCCAAUAUCACCGAGCAACGAGAAGCUGUUGAAAGGUGGCGCAAAGAAAAACUGCUUGAAGUCAAACAAUUGAUCCGUGGAAUAGGGCUACUGAAUUCAACUAUCCUGCAAGAACAAACCAGGAUGCUAAUAAAAGCCUUGGACUCUGAUUGGGCUGUGCUGUCCGAGAACAUUGGCCUUUGGAUGCCUACUGAAAUCAUUAACCAGGAGCAUGACGAUAAGCCCGAGGGUGAAGAGGACGAUGAAGAAAUUUUACCUGGAAGGCCAGUUCCACCUGAAUGCCAUGCUGAGCUUCAUACUGAUUAUGAUGGUGCAGCUGUCAGAUGGGGCCUUACCCACCAUAAAGAAAGUGCAGCUGACUGCUGUCAAGCUUGCUUAGAUCAGGCAAAACGAGCAAAGCCAGGCGAAAUGAAAUGCAACAUAUGGGUCUAUUGCCCAUCUGAAACAGGAUGCUACUCACCAGAUAUCUAUCAACAUAAGAAUCAGGAGUGCUGGCUGAAAUAUUUUGUCAAAAUGCAGGCUGAGAAGCCAAAACUGAAUUUUAAGGACAGGUAUUCUGAAUCAUAUAGAAACUCACACCCAAAUGCACCACUGAUUGUUCCCUGGGUCUCUGGUGUUGUUAGCACAUGAUUGGAUUUACCCACCCAGAUGGUGAUCCAUGUUAAAAAAGUAACUUGAUCUUCAAUCUCUACCUCUGGAAGUUUAGCAAUGAUAUGAUGCUGGCGGUGCUAAUACCUUGACUGUGCCUUGCUUACAUCCGGGACAGGUGGAUUUGACAUUCAUUCAUCUUUUCUUUUCCUUUGUUAGUCUGGAUUUCGGGGAAGAAAAUAGUUGUGGAGCGGGGUGAUUUGCUCAUCCAUUUAUCAGAAUCAUUUUUGUAACAUUGCAGUGUUUAAAGUCUUGGCAGUGGUGGUUCCAAGGCCGGGAAAUCUAGGGCGAGGUAAAUUGGCCUAUUUACAGUUAACAUGAAGAACUCUCAUUAUUGUUUAGCCUUGAGGAGAUUGAUUGGUUACAGGAGGGGUUGAGAAAAUUUAUUUGUUGUAAUGGAUUGCAAAAUCGUAGGCAAUGAACAACUGCAUACUGCAAAUUCAUUCUGUUACUCUCAUUUUUUAUUUUAUUUUUUUAAUGGAUCCUGUUGUUGCUUGUGUAUUA